AAUGCAGAUAAAACAUUGUCCUGUUUCCGUUACCCAGAUGAUAACGCUUAGUUUCGUACGCGGAAGCAUUGGUAAAGGUCGUUUGAGCGUGGAAGGGGAGGAGAAUAUACAUAAAAAUCAUAGAUGGGAGGGAGGAGUGAGAGCAACAGAGAGUGAGUGGAGGCAGGUUAAGAAGAAGGCGCUUUCUUGGCUCCGUGGACCGGGGUUUUUUUUUCUGGGUUUCCUCGCGUUGUUUUCGUACCGUCACUUUCUCUAGCUGGGACUGAGAAGACAGCAGCUGCCAAAGAGUUUCCCAUAGAGACCCUGAGAGCAGAGCGGGAAGUGUGAUCUUACUUUACUCUCUCUGCGGCCAGAAAGACUUCAGCCAGCUCCUCGCCAUGUCUGCCCCUGGUUACCCAGGCCCUCACCACCAGGCUCCCUACCCCAUGCCUCAGCCCGGGGGCCACUCUGUAGCCCCUUAUCCAGUUUCUCCGGGUGGGUAUGGAGACCCGACUCAAGCUCCUCCGCCAGGGUUCAACAUGGGUUACAACCAGGGCCAGCCGCCGGUCAUGUACCAGCCGGGACCGGUCGGACCAGCUCCGGGGCCGGAGUACGGCGGGCCUCCUGGAGGAAUCUCCCCGGCUCCGGUUGGGAUUCCAGCUGCCGUUCCUGUCGGGGUCCCGCCAGGUCUCGAGUACCUCACACAGAUCGACCAGAUACUGAUUCACCAAAAAGUGGAACUCCUAGAAGCGUUCAUCGGCUUCGAGACCAACAACCAGUAUGAGAUAAAGAACAGCCUGGGCCAGAAGAUCUACAAGGCCAAAGAGAAGAACGACUGCUGCACCAGGAACUGCUGUGGCUCGCUGCGCAGCUUCGACAUGAAGAUCAAGGAUAACAUGGACAGGGAGGUCAUCCGCCUCAUACGGCCUUUCCGCUGCGUGUCCUGCUGGUGUCCCUGCUGCCUGCAAGAGAUGGAGGUCCAGGCACCACCCGGCACCACCAUAGGAUACGUCAAACAGGACUGGCACCCUUUCCUGCCAAAAUUUUCCAUCCAGGGAGCAAACAAGGAGACUGUGAUGAAACUGGAAGGGCCCUGCUUUGCCUGCAACUGCUGCGGGGACGUCAACUUUGAGCUGAAGGGGAAAGAUGGUGACAAGCCCAUCGGUCGCAUCAGCAAGCAGUGGAGCGGCCUUCUGAAAGAAGUCUUCACCGACACGGACAACUUUGGCAUCCAGUUCCCUCUGGACAUGGACGUGAAGAUGAAAGCCGUGCUCAUGGGAGCCUGCUUUCUCAUUGAUUUCAUGUUCUUCGAGAAGGUCGGCGAGGCCAACCAGCGCAGCUCCGUGUUUUCGUAAUAGGAAAAAAGGAAAACAAGAGCAUGAGAGCACGGACUGUCUUCAGUUAUGCAUACUCUGUUCACUUACUUUGUUUUUCCAUUUGUUUUUUUUUUGUUGUUUUUUAAGUCCUCCCUUCACCAGAUUCCAGCCAACAUGGUGCCAAUCACAGGAUCCUUUUAUACACACAUGCAGACCAGCAUGAGCUAAAGAGCUCUUGAUUCCUGAUCUCUGCCAAGGAUUUAAAAAAAUCUAUUCAAACUCAGUGAUUGACACUGGCUGCCAUGUUGCCAAUAUUACACUCCAUACAGUCUGAAGACAUUUAGUCCAUUUUUAAAUGAGUACAUCCAGCUGAGAUUUAAUCCAAAGAAAAUCAACCUAACCCUCAAUGUCUUCUUCAGUGCCUUCACACGUAAAUAAGAGUGAAUAUCAACAUACAUAUUUGAAUUUACUUUUUGCUACACUGGCAUUGACAUUUCAUAUUUAUGCUGUAUAUAAACCGACUAUUAGUACACUUGUACUCAUGCUUAUUGAAGAAACUACAGUAAAUGAUGUGUAAGUGCAAUACUAUUGUAAAUGUAGAAGCUGUAUUCAUUGCCUUGUUUUAGCCAUGCUGGUGGCUAGCUGAUAGCAGUGUCUGCUGGUCCACUGAUAUGGUCUAGCCUGAAAUAUUUCCACAACUAUCGGAUGGAUUACUGUGAAAUUUUGUACAGACAUUCAUGGUCCCUAGAGGAUAAAUCCUAAUGACUUUGGUCAUGCAUUCACUUCUCAUCUAGCACCAUCUUCAGAUCAAGAGUUUAAUUCGUCCAGCACUUGGGUUUAUGACCAAAUACCUGCAAAACUAAUGACAAUCCCAUCACCCGCAGUUGUCUUUUAUGCUAAGUGACAAUUAGCAAAUGUUAGCAUGCAAACAAGCUAAACUAAGUUAGUUAAUAUUGUGAAUAUUACAUGUGCUUAACACCAGCGUGUUAGCAUUUUCUUGUGAGCAUUUUAGCACGUUUACAUUAGCAUUUAGCUCGAAGCUCUGCUGUGCCUUAGUAUCUUGUAAAGUUGCUAGCAUGGCCAUAGACUUUUACUUUCGUCAUAAAUAACCAAAAUAUAGAAUAUAGAAAGCUGAGCACUUAUGGGCUGUUGUGAUUAAGUUUAUAGGGAAGUUAUGUUUGUGAUGAAAAUGAAGGAAUUUUAAUUGACACAUGCUAACGCUUUAACAAAGUGCUCUUUUUCUACCUCUCACCUGUCUUUUGCUUCUUUAAAACCCUCUCACCCUCUCUGUCUUCAAGCCUGGUGUACACACUCAAAACAGUAGGACAGACCUCAGUGUAAAUGCUCCCAUGCCUCCUCUGUGUUUUAGUCGUUACCCUGGAGACUGAGGCCACAGUCGAACCUCGCCCUCCAAUUUCCCCAGAUACCACUGUGUUUGAACUACGGCCAGUGUAGUGAUGUAGGACGGAGACAGUGUGGGGUAAUGUUAAAUGGGAGAAGAAAAAAAUUGAGUAAAAGGAGUAGGGAGGAAAUAAAAAAGGCAGAAGUUGAGGUUAGUGAAUGUAAUAAAUCUCACUUGGGAAAACCCAUUCCAUCAGUGAGGUGUUUAAGAAAACAUUCAUAUUCUGUAGUUUUUGUGCAGAAAGCGACCUGAAUGUGAACGUGUGAUUUCUGGUCUGUUUUCAGUGUGAUUUUAAAAUGGCAGGUUAAUGUUUGUUAGUGUUGCUUAUUGCUGUUUAAUGCACCUCUUAAUAAUCAUUCUCAUGUGUAUCAUUCUCAUGUGCCUCUGAUGGGGUUUGUUGCCACUGCUUCAUUUUUACUGUCAGCAAUUAAUGUGUGUUAUUGCAUGUAUGCUACCAUCAGCUUGUGUGCAGUCUGACCUCUGAUAAGGAAAGAGAGAGUAGCCAAAGGAUGUUCAUUACGUUUAGUGUAGUAAUUUGUUCAUUGGAUGAUGUAAAUCUGAGGUUCCUGCUUUUUAAAAUCAUAUAUAUGAGCAGCUGACAGGAGCUGUUCACAUCUGUUUCCUGUGUUUCUAUCAAAACUCUUUUGUACUAUUUCCCUGUAACUCUUGAUUGUUAAAUACAUUUUUUAUUUACAAUAGGUCAGAAAUAAAACAAAUGCCAUGUUAA